AUGAAGUAUGUUAAUGGGAAAAAGCUGGAAGAAACUCAGAAUAUUAAGAUCCAUGCUGAAAAAGGCACUUACACUGUGACAAUCAGGAAUAUCACAUGUGAUUAUUCUGGCAAGGUUCUCUGCGAAGCUGUGAAUGAAUACGGUAAAGCUUCUUCAGAAGCAACGCUGCUUGUACUUCCUCGUGGUGAACCACCAGAUUUCAUCGAGUGGCUGAGUAAUAUCAGAGCACGACAAGGGUCACAGAUUACCCAUAAGGUUGUCUUUACUGGCGACCCCAAACUAAACCUUACGUGGUACAUAAACAACGAAGAGGUGAAAAAUAGUGAAGAAAUAAGCAUUGUCACAAAUGCGAAUACAUCGACGUUAAUCAUCAAGAGUUUUAAUCAGGAUAAGCAUACUGGAGAAAUUAUUUGCAAAGCCGAGAACGAUGCCGGCGAAGUUUCCUGUACUGCCAGUAUGGGAGUAAGUUUUUUUAGAAGUCAAGGGAAAAAGCUUUCCAACAAAUUUUGCAGUGCAUGAAA